UCAAUACUACUUAAAGCUUAAGUCUGGCUCUAUGGAUUUUCUAUUAGUGCAGUUUGGACUCUCUGUUUUCACUCAUGAUACUGUAACGAACAAGUGAGGAUUAUUUUUGAUAAUUUAUAUGCUGCAUUUCAGUUACUGAUGGAACAAUAAUUAAUCAUUAAAUUAUAUUGUUAAUGAACGGUUUUACCAGAUGUAAUUAGAAGAUUAUUCGUGGAAAGAAUGUCUUGUGCUGUGGGAAAUGCUGUUUAAUGCUUUGGUGGAAAAUUAGCUGCUCUAGAGUUAAAUUCAUAACUCGUCCCAAAUUUACACGAAUUGUCCUAUAAACUAUCAAAUAUUUUUGGUAAUGAGAAGUUCUAGAAGGACUCCUGAAGAUACAGGUCCUUGGACUCUUCAUUCUGAGGCUGCCUGCUACGAAACUCAAUGGGUACAAUCAGAGAACUUACAAUUUCUACGUUUUCCCACGUCCUUUAAAUAGAGCAGCACCAGAUUGUCGUUUUAUGUGUCAAGCGUCGAGUAUAGCAUUUUUAGCUAGCCAAGGAUUUGACUUCAAUAAGUUAUUCACGAAAGGGAUUCCUUAUUUGACGACGACGGAGGAGGAGAAGUUGAUGAAACGAUAUGAGGAGAAGCAGAAGAUCAGGGACGAGGGACUGGAUAUGAUUCCGAUAUCAGAGGAAGAUAAGCCUCAGAUUAUCGACAUUUGUAAAAAAAUCGACGAUUUCCUUGAAUCUGACGCAGAAGAACUCCUGAUUGAACGUUGUAACGGCUACAUAAGAAGAUUAGCUCAUCAAGAAGUUAGACAGAGAUGGCCGGAAAAAAUUCGUCUGGAGAGCAGAGUAGAAGGAGGGGCACAAAGUUUGAUAGUGUUCAAAAUGGGCUCAAGGGAAGAAGAGGAUAAGAAACACAAGGAACGCCAAGAGAGAGAGCAGCUGGAAAUAAAAGAAGCUGUGGGAGUUAGUGCAUUACUCAGAAAGAUUGCAGACUCGGGAAAAUUGAUAGUUGGGCAUAAUAUGCUUCUAGAUCUAUGUCACGUAGUCCACCAAUUCUUCGGACCGCUACCAGAAAGUUACUUAGAGUUUAAAUCCCUCAUCAAUGGAUUAUUUCCAAAAUUAAUAGACACCAAGGUUUUUUCAUCUCUUCCACCGUUUAAAGACCUCAUCCCAUCAUCUAUACUCAAUCAUAUAUUUGAGAGCGUAACUAAAGAACCAUUUUCUAUUCCUGAGAUUACUCCUAUUGAGAAUAGAAGUUACGCAACGGUUCAAGGUGCUUAUCACGAGGCUGGAUUUGAUGCUUAUGUUACUGGAUUGUGUUUCCUGGCUAUGACGAAUUAUUUGGGGUCUCAGCAGAGUACAAAAGUCGAUACUGUACUGCCCGAUUCACCUUUGCUCCAUCCUUUUAUCAAUAAAUUACUUAUAUUCAGACUAAACGAUAUUCCUUACAUCAAUUUAGUUGGGCCAGAUCCAAUUCCCAGUAGGGAUCAUGUGUUCCACGUGACAUUUCCGAGAAAUUGGAAACUCAGUAAUUUGUCUCAAACUUUCAAUCCUUGGGGUGGUGUCUACGUAUCCUGGCUAUCAGAUACAACAGCUUACGUGGGUUUAAAUCGUCGUGAACAAGCUCCCGGACUCAGGAAGAAAGUCAAGAAAAACGGCCACCUUGGUGACUGUCAGAUUCAGACGUAUACCAGGCAUCAGGCAUCAGUUGAGUUAAUCAAAGAUAAUAAUACGGAGGUCGAUCGUAAACGGAAGCAACCACCAACGGAAAGUUGCGCAGUGAAAGAUUGCCCUCCAAAAUCAGACACUGACGAGUGGGAGUUUGCCUCAGGUAAUUCUCAGGACUGGGAAAAGACCCAAAAAUCCGUAUUUCAAAUAAAUUUUCUCCAAAGAUGCAUCAAAUUCCUUUUCAUCCUCAUCUUCCUUUUGUUUUUCUACAAUUUCCUGAGCACCCCUUUGUGCUUUCAUCUCUAGGAAAUUCACACUCCACUUCUUCUCUAUAAAGCUCCGGGCUGGAUAAGACACUUAUGGCCCCACUGAAUAUGCAGAGGCCCGAAGAAACGCGAAUUAAAAAAACUAACGAUACAGAUAAGACAAUAAUUAAGUGCGAGCAGGAGAAAGGUUAAUUGAGAAAUGCAACGGCUAUUUAUCCUGUUAUAUCCACUGUUACUGUGGCGGUUUGUAGUUUAAAUAGAGAUAGAGUUCAAUGAGUUGUUGGGACUCUCUCAAACUGUCUUAAUCACCGUUACUGACGGCGAGAGACACCGAUUAAUAGCUGCGAUUAGAAACGCUUGUGACAGACAACAGAUUAAUAAUCGAACAAACCGUGAAAAAAGUGGUUCGCUCUUAUUUCUUAAUCCUUGACAUUAUUCUGAUUUUUCGUACGUUUUCAUGGUUAAAUUUUAUAGCUAGAACUAAAAAUUUGAUUGAUGUAAAAGUUACUCGAAUAAAUUUAUUACCUUAAUACAUGUUCUCCAUUUUUAGUUCAAGCUAAAAAUCAUAUUUAUUAUAUUGCUUUGGCAUUCAAUUGGCUAAGCAAAAAUAAAAAAUACUUUCCUCGGUGCAUAACUUCAAAAGUUGUCUAAAGAAGAAAUUCAAUAAUGACGUUGCGAUUGAGGGUUAGUUGCUAGCUAUCAGAAUGCCAGGAUGUCAUUCAAUAAGUGGCUAAAUCGUUUGUAAAAAUAAAACUCGUAAAAAACAUUUAUAUUGAGUAAUGGGGUUUAAACGAUAAUUUUGACAAAUCGAAAAUAAGAUUUUUGUCGAAUCUCAAUAUGAAACUAUCGAUUAAUCUAAAAAAAAGUAAUAAAUUUAUUACAUCAACACUUUUAACUGUCAUUUGCUAUUCGAUAAUUUGUCGGAAUGAAUUCGUUACUUUUUUUGUAUAUAUGGUUUGUCAAAAAAUAUGGAAACUUUAGUAUUUCCUAUUCUGUCACAAAUGGUUGCAAUAGGCUUUCAUAGAUAAGAUACAUUUUAAUUUUGAACUGAUUUCGUUCUAUAAAUUAUGGUAGUCAAUGAACAAUUCGCACAAACAAAAAUAAUCUCGUAUUAUGAUUUUUUCCCUUUACUUUUUUAUGGCAUGUAAACUUAAAUAAAUUUGACAGUUUUUCUGCAGUAAACCGUGCUAAAUCAUUCCAACAUUUUUGAGUGAUCUAAAAAUGUGAAGAACAUAAAACUAGCCGUUCACGACUAAUAAAUUUAGUGGGUUAUGACAUAAGCGCAUAAACCAGUCGUUUUUCUUCUC